AUGGAGGAGAAAAAAAACGAGCCGAUCCAGACCACGACCGAGCCAUUGCCAGCUUAUGGCGACUCCGAACUGACUCGCGGAAGCUGGACUCAGCGGGUCGUGGAUAGCUUUAAGCGGGAUCCCAAUGCCAAAGUCAGCGGCGGCCACUCCGCAGGCGCCGAUGGCUCUGGCUUCGAUCUCGAGACCGCGGCACAGAACACUGCCAAUUCACCUUUGCAGCGUAGCCUGAAGGGCCGCCACCUGCAGAUGAUCGCCAUUGGUGGUUCCAUCGGUACUGGUCUCUUCGUCGGAUCGGGUACAGUCCUGGCAGCAGGUGGCCCGGCAUCUGUCCUCAUCGCCUACGCCCUCAUCGGUAUUAUGCUUUACUGCACGGUACACGCCCUGGGUGAAAUGGCCGUUUUGUUCCCCGUUGCUGGUUCCUUUGCACACUACUCGACUCGUUUCAUUGACCCGGCGUGGGGUUUUGCCAUGGGCUGGAACUAUGCUCUGCAGUGGUUGGUUGUCUUGCCCCUGGAAAUCGUCGCCGCUUCUAUCACCGUCGAUUACUGGAGUCCAAAUGUCUCGAAUGCGGCCUGGGUUGCCAUCUUCUGGGUGGUGAUCGUUAGUAUCAACAUGUUUGGUGUUCGUGGUUACGGUGAAGCCGAGUUCGUCUUCUCGGCCAUCAAGGUCAUCGCCGUCAUCGGAUUCAUUAUUCUCGGAAUCAUUCUUAACUGCGGUGGCGGUCCCGAGGGCGGCUAUAUCGGUGCCAAAUACUGGUACAAUCCUGGUGCUUUCCACAAUGGCUUCAAGGGUCUUUGCAGUGUGUUCGUCAACGCCGCCUUCGCCUUCGCUGGAACUGAGCUGGUCGGUCUGGCCGCUGCCGAGACCGCAAAUCCCCGCAAGUCCCUUCCCACCGCCGUGAAGCAGGUCUUCUGGCGUAUCGCCCUCUUCUACAUCGUCUCCCUCACCAUUGUCGGCCUUCUGGUCCCCUACACCGAUAAGCGUCUGGUUAGCGGUACCUCAUCGGCCGAUGCCAAGGCCUCCCCCUUCGUCAUUGCCAUCGAAAACGCCGGUAUUUCUGGUCUACCUUCGGUGAUGAACGUCGUUAUUAUGAUUGCCGUGCUCUCCGUCGGAAACUCCUCAGUGUACGGUUCCUCCCGCACUCUGGCCGCUCUGGCCGAGCAGGGCCAGGCUCCCCGCUUCCUGGCUUACAUCGACCGCAAGGGUCGUCCCAUGUGGGCCAUCCUCGUCUCCUCCGUCCUGGGUCUGCUCUGCUUCCUGGCUGCGUCAGAUAAGCAGACCGAAGCCUUCGAGUGGAUGAUGGCUAUUUCGGGUCUCUCAUCCAUCUUCACCUGGGGUUCCAUUUGCUUCUGCCACAUUCGCUUCCGUCGCGCCUGGAGCAUCCAGGGUCACAGCUUGGAUGAGCUGGCUUUCCGUUCCCAGCCUGGUGUCAUCGGUUCCUGGGUUGGCUUCAUCUUCAACUGCCUCGUCCUGGUCGCCCAGUUCUGGGUUGGCUUUGCCCCCGUCGGCUAUGCUGAGAUGACCGCUGGCGAACUGGUGCAGAGCUUCUUCGGAGCUUACCUUGCUGCCCCUGUCGUCCUGCUCUUUUUCAUCCCUUAUAAGAUCUGGUACCGUACCAAGGUCGUGCACUCACGCGAUAUGGAUCUGGUGACCGGUCGUCGUGAACUGGAUAUUCAGCACCUUGUGGACCAGGAGAAGGCUGACCAGGCGGCAUGGCCUAGGUGGAAGAAGGUCUACAAGUUCUUCUGCUAG